GGCAGUAAUUGAUUUGUAAUGCAGCUCUUUAAACUAUUUUGCCAUCCAUUUUACCAGAUUCAUAUAUAAUGAAAAUGGUAAUUUACAUGUGUGUAUGCUGCAAAUUAGUUGUUUUAUUUUUUAAUGAAUGGGCCUUUGCAUUCUCCUACUUACAGAAGGCACAGGCUUUAUAAUUUAGAUCAGGGGAAUCAUGUUUCGAUCGGACACAGCAGCCAAGUUGUUUUAUGAAAAGACAGACAGCAAAAGAAAGAUGGGAUUCUACAAAGGAUCAUCAGUUAUUAGUUAUAUUAGGGUAAUGAGGCCCUUUGUGUUUCUGCUCCCCACUGCUUUCUGUGGGUGUGCCUGGAACUCUGUCUUUGUUUUUGGUCUUGUUUGCAUCCAGGUGUUGUUUGACAUGAGCUGAAGAGACAGCCAUCCCCAUUCCUGUCACUCAUUCUUCUCUAUCCCUCCACCCAUCUUUUAUCUGUGCUCACCUGCUCUAAAUCACUGCAUGUCAGGUCCUGGAAGGGAAACUCCAAAAUGUGUUGUUGUUGACCUGGUUAAACAGCAAACAGAAACACACACUUGGUGCCUCAUGGAAAUAUUGGGAUAUGCGGUGAAGCCAAAUUUCACUGAAUUAUCUAUCCUCUCUGACAUGAUGUCAUGCACUUACUGAUGAAUGAAUAUUAUUAUUUUCCAUACACAGACAUACUUCCCUGUGUAUUCUUCUGGAAGGGCACAUCAGCAUCUAAUAACAUGACUUACGCCCUCAGUCUUUACCUGUCACCUCUCGUUACUUGUGAAACCAUGGUGCCCUGAGCGGGGGUGUGUUUUCCUUUAUUUACCUCGUUUGUCUGUCUCAACCAGUAGUUCCUUCUCAGAUGUCGGAGAUAUGCAGGUAACCAUCUCCUUUGGGCUCUGAGGAUCAUGCACAGUUGCGACAUCAGUCUCUUUGUGGUGAUAAGUGGGGGGCACUCAAUUUUGAACCCAGGUUACGGCCAUGGAUGCCAGCAGUGUGUCCUUGCUGUGGCACAGGAGGUCCAAAUCUCUGGGAAAGCUGAGGCGACGGGUUCAGGACCUCCGCAUCCCUUCCUCCUAUUACUCUGACUUUACAGCCGUCAGACCCAUGUUGGACCUGAGCCACAACGAGAGUGCUCGGCUGGCGGUGGACUGCCUGCUCAGCCGAGGCUUAGAGGGAUACCACGAGGUGUUGGACGCAGAGGGAGAAGUGGACUUUCUGUCAGACCUUGAAAAGAAUUACAUCCUGGAAAACGAAAGAGACGGCAACACAGCUGAUCCUGGUGAAUCUGAUGAUGAUCAUCACAAAGAGUUCGAGAGCUUGUCAGCUGGCUCCCAGUGUGCCACACAAUGCCCUGCAGUGUCCACAGAAAGCGAUCCUACUGUGGAAGGUUUAGGCCAGAGCAAUGUAAAAGAUGUGAAGUGGACUGAUCCUGUCCCGGAUGAGCCCAGUGUUAGGGUUUAUUUCCAGUCUGAUAGCAGGGCAGCUGGCAUGAAAGAUCUGGUCAGAGAGUUCAUCAGAAAGGCUAAAAUGGCCCUGGCCAUAGUGAUGGACAGCUUCACUGAUGUGGAGCUGCUCUGUGAUCUUCUGGAGGCCAGCAGGAAGAGGAAUGUGUCUGUUCACCUGCUGUUGGAUCACCUCAACCUGAACCUGUUCGUCACCAUGUGGCAGGACCUCAAACUCAGCAGCAAAAGCUUCCCUAAACUUUCAGUACGCAGCGUCGAUGGGCAGACCUACUGUGCCAAGACAGGCAGGAAGCUGAAAGGUCAGAUUGCUGAGAGUUUUAUCAUCGCUGACUGGAUUGAGGUGCUGACUGGCUCCUACAGUUUCUCCUGGCUGUCCUGGCAGGUCCAUCGGAGCUUUGCUGUUCUCGUGAAGGGCAGUGCCGUCGCACCUUUCCAUCAGGAAUUCCACAGGCUCUACUCCAGCUCCAAACCCGUCCCCGGCUUUGUCUCUUUCAUCACCAUGCCUCGUACUCGGACUCUGUACAUCACAUCACAGGCAACCCAAAAAGAUAACACUGGUAUUAGUAAGUCGAAAUCAAGCCAGGCCAAAACAGUGUGCCAAAGGACUUGGACUGAAGAUGCUCAAAAGGCUCAGACAAAAGCAAAAAUGCCAGUUUUAACCAGGCCACAGAGCCCAGAAUUUGAGUGCAGCAUAGGUGAAAACCAGCGUCUACACAGAGCAGGAUCAGGUACACAAUCGCACACAAAACCUCCUCCGCUGUACCCAAAACUUUUGGUUCAACCGGGAACGCUGGCGAGUGCACCUGUGGAAAAGCCAACGCGUUCACCGAUCGGGGCCUCUGCGCAGUGUGAUGCAAAAACACCCGUGGAAUCUCUGGAGAAGAAUCAAAACCAGAUCCAGAGUCAUUCAAAAACUCUUGGUCAGACCCACAUCUCAUGUAGUCAGCCUCAGUUUUCUGGCCUUACCAUCACCACCACAGCUGAAGUGAAUGCAAAGGUUCAAGAGUCAGACCCUCUACACACUGCAAGCCCCACACACGGACAGCAUAGGACUCUCUGUUAUCAUUCUACUUUGAAGAAGAAUUCAAAUCUUGAUUACGACGGUCUUGGCACUGAAGGACUUUUCUUUCAGCAAAGAGAUAGACACAGGCUGACAAAUCCUUCAUGGACUACUGUAGGUCUCAACACACACAGAGGACAAUGGAACUACUCACUACACUGCAAACUGAAGGUGGAGCUUCAGUCUGAUUAUCCCAAACUACUGUCUCCUUCUACAUCACAGCAAAAACAAGCAAAGACAGGCCUUCAGCUCCCGUUUACCCAUUCAAGAGGACACGCAUCUGGCCUCCAUACCCAAGUGAGCUCUCUAGGAACCAGGAGACUGGAUCAGCCCCAGAGGCAUCACCAAACCUCCCAUCAAUUUUAUGCAAUCACAGAGGCUCCAGGUUCAAAGUUGAUAUCAGCAGUCAUGGGAACUCAGCUCAAGCCUCAGCUCCAGACCGACUCCGAGCUGUUCUCACCAGGUACGAGAGCCCCGCUGCAUCUACAGCCCCACAGCUCCCAGCAGGCGAAGCCCCCUCCGAGGCUAAACUGGAUGCUCCAGGGGCACACUGCAAGACCCAGGCCAGUGGCUUGAACCAGCUCCUCGGACACAGCCUACGGGACGGGACAGACGGCGGGUGGACAGCCAGGCUGGAGGCCAGCUCACAGUAAUAUGAAUAAAUCACUGGGAAGGAGCAAGAGCUUGACUGACAGACACACGGCAGGAUUCAAAGGAGCAGGACUUAAUCCGAACCUAAAAAAGACCUGACAGAAAUAUAUAGACUGUGGAGAUAUUAAACCCUCACACACACACAGGCACACGAUAUAUAAUUAUAUGGGUCAAUGGAACAUUGUAUUCAUCUGUUCAUGUGAAAUAUACAGUAUAUUCCAUUGUGUAGAGCUUGUGAAAUGAAUGGACUUGUGCAUUUUUGUAGCAUUUGGAAGAAAUUACGGGUACAGUUUAGUUAAUAAACUAAAUGUUAUCAUAAAAUGAGAUCUUAAA